CAAAACAAUAUCACUUCGUUUUGUUUUUGAACUUUAUUGAUAUUGUUGUAAGUGAAACUCCCUUUAAGAUGAAUUAUUUGCUGUCAAUGCUUAUCACAAUCGAGGUGUUACCAUCAAUAUGCUGUGGAGCCCGCAUACUAGCGCUUAUGCAUUUAAAUUCUAGGAGCCACUUCUCAGUGUAUGAACCUCUACUUCUUGCACUACAAGAGAGAGGACAUGAAAUAAACGUAGUUUCCAGUUUUCCUCGAAAGGAACCGCUGGAAAACUAUACGGAUAUCGACUUUUCCUCGGAGUUUCCUCCUCCAACUAGCAACGUUAGUCUGCAGUAUAUGAAACAAGUUGUGCCAAAUUUGUUUAAAGCAGUGUUUAGUUUCAUUGAGCACCACUUGGUGAUCAGUGAAAAAGUUAUGAAGAACGAUAAAGUGUUGGAUCUCUUGAAUGAAAAGUUUGACCUCGUCCUCGGAGAGAUAUUUGGAGCAGAUUGUUUGAACUAUAUCGCUCAUAAACUGAAGGCUCCCGUCAUUAGCUGGGUGUGUAGCACCACUUUACCUUGGGUAAGCGAUGAUUACGGUCUUCCAGACAACCCAGCGUAUAUACCCAACUUUUAUAUGAAUUACGAACCUGAAAUGAAUUAUUUUGAAAGACUUUAUAACACGAUCUCUCUUGUAUUUGCGAAAGUUGUAUAUUAUUAUUAUUCAGAACUUCCGUCACACAAAAUAACAGAACACGUGCUGCGUGAGAAGCUACCGUACAUGAGUGAGAUUAAUCGACAAACAUCGCUGUUGUUUGUUAACAGUCAUUUUACACUUUCACAGAGUCGACCAUUCCCACCAAAUGUUAUUGAGGUGGGAGGUAUCCACAUUAAUGAUCCUCGGCCGUUGCCACAGGAUAUAAAAGCAUUUUUGGAUAGUGCCAAAGAUGGUGCGAUUCUGUUCAGCCUCGGCUCACUUUUGAGGACGGCCUCACUGCCCCCUCAGACAAUCCGUAUGUUCCUAGACGUGUUCGCCAUUCUAUCUCAGAAGAUUAUCUUCAAGUAUGAGGAAGAUUUACACGAAGUACCUUCUAAUGUUAUUUUAAAGAAGUGGUUGCCUCAAAGUGAUAUACUUGCCCAUCCCAAUAUUCGCGUAGUCAUCUCUCACGGUGGACAGGCCAGUACAAUGGAGGCUGUACAUUUUGGAAAACCUCUAAUUGCUAUACCCAUUUUCGGGGAUCAAUUUAAAAAUGCCAAGAACAUAGUAUGUCGUGGAGCUGGCAUCCUCCUAGACCUAGAAAAUCUCUCAGAGCUAAGCAUCUCUCAGGGACUAAAGGCUGUUUUGGAUGAUCCAACUUAUACAGCAAACAUGAUGCGGUUGUCGCAGCUGUUCCGGGACCGGCCGAUGACGCCACUGCAAACAGCAGUGUACUGGACAGAGUACGUCAUCAGACACCAGGGGGCGCCACACUUGCGACCGGCAUCUGUCAAUCUGCCACUCUACCAGUACUUGUUACUUGAUGUAAUCGCCGUCCUCGCCGUUUUAUUGAUUGCAGUAUUUUUCAUUCUUUACUACCUCGUAAAUCAUAUACUACGACGAAAAAGAUUGGCUGUGUAUAUCAAGAAAGGAAAUAUGAAAUUUAAAGCCAACUAAUGAUAAUUUCAGUACAAUUAAAUAAUACAAGAACGAAUAUUACUUAUAAGUAAUAUUUGAAUGACUCAAUAAUAAUGUUUAUUACUUGACGUAGUUACGAGGCUGUAAAUAUACAAUUACAAAGCUAUAAUGGUACAUUUUAUUUAAGGAAUGAAUUCGUUAAUUCAAUAUUAAAAUUUAGUAAUUAUA